CGCUGAAAACGAAGAAGAAGAAAGCGGAAGUUGUGGUGUGUUGGCGCUGUUAGGAGCCAUGACACGACAGAUGGACGACAGCCACAGACGAUUCCUGCAGGCUUUAAUGCGCAGUGGUAUUAUUGAUGAGCAAACUGCAAAGGAACUCCAUCGGCAUUGUUGCACAAUACAUAAUAGACGUUAUGCCCCUGACCAACUAGAUGACUUUAUUGACACCAUCAACUCUAAUCUGCAGCCCCUGUUCAUGCAGAUUAGAAAAGGGAUGUGCGAAGACAGCGGGGUGCAGAACUAUGCUUUGGUUAACAUGACUGAGACGGCCGUCACCAGAAUGACGACUGAUUAUGCCGACCAUGAGCUGGAGCUAUUCAGGAAAAUUAUGGACCUGAUUGUGGACGCUGACUCUGGCAUGGUGUCCUCCACCAAUAUUCUGAAUUGUGCCCUCACACUGAGCAAAAAACCAAAGAAGAAAGACACGGAACAGCUGAUGAAUCGACUGGUGCAUGACAGUUGGCUCACUGAGAAACAGGGUGAAUACUGCUUGUCCACCAGAUGUAUCAUUGAAAUGGAGUCAUACAUUCGCACCAUGUAUCAGGAUCAGGUCAAAGAGUGUCACAUCUGUCGCAACAUCGCCUUCCAGAGCCAAAUCUGUGAGAAUCCAGCGUGUGGAAUAAAAAUACACAACCCGUGUGUGGCCAGAUUCUUCAGAGGAGCAACAGAGCCACGGUGCCCUGCGUGUGAGGAUUUUUGGCCACAUGAGAUUCCUGAAAUUGAGGAACGUCGGUCUUCGUCCAGCAAAUGAAGACCCCUGGAUUAUGUUUGUUACAAUAAUUAUACAUUAUUAAACACUAUUAUUUCAUACUAUACUAGUAUUAUACUUAAUAAGUGUUGAUAGAUUGAGUUAGUAAUACUUCUACGCAUACUCCCAAGUGGAGUGUGUGGCUAGUCCACGCUUGAUGGCGCUUUUGGUAAAAUAGUUGAUGAAACAAGCACUCUUGACAGUGUUGAAAAGUUAUUCUUUAACCUAUGUUUUGUAUGAUGUCUUUAUGAUUAUGUUCGCAAUUAGUUUUGUAACUUCUGUUUUCCCCAAUACCCCAGAAGGGCAUGUUCUAUAACUUUCUAAACUUGUUUUGCUGUCUACUUCAUGAAUACGGGGUUAUGCAUGAAAAUAAACCUAAAAGUGCUACACAGAAACUAACAUGUUUAUAUAUUUAUAAUGUAAUUUAUCUCUAUUCGGUAUGACAGACAAUCCAAACAACCAGAACCACACUUUAAAACAACCAGUAGAAUAUCAAUACGUAUGCUCACGUGUUGUCAUAUAAAUGUAUACAAUCUUAAUUUAACAUGGAAAUAAUAAAUUACCAUAUUUUAGAAUGCAGGGCUGUUCAAUCUUUACCCACAAAAGGCCACAUGCAGAAAAAUUGAAGCAGGAUGUGGGGGUCCACUUUGGUACAUUCUGUACAUUAAAAGAUGAUAAAUCCAAUGUAGGUCAAUAAAUGCUAAGCCAUGUGAACAAAACAUCGUUAUAGGUGACUGUAGGUAAAUUAGAGCAAAGCAUUGAGUCAAGACAAAAGCUGUGAUCGACCCAUGGACCUUGGAAAGUGCAACCGUACUACAAAAUAUAUAACUUACGCAGUGAAAAUCAGUUUUGAAAGUCAACAGAAUAGCCAUUUACAUUUUUUAGAUACAAAAAGUCCAGGGAAGAAAAUCAAGUGUCGUAUUUUUCAUGUAGGCCUAGCACUGCAGUGCAGCAGCACGCUGUGCAUUCAUUUUCACCCCACACUAACCACAAGAAAUACACAUAGCUAUCAUCGAUGACAGGAAUGUAUAAAAUUCACCAACAUCCACUCCAUAUUUGAGAAAAUCAAUAUUGUUUGGCAUGAUUUUGUUAUAAUGAAGCGAAAUAGAAAAUGGAUGGAUAUCUAAAUUACCAAUAUUUUAUUUGCUUUUGUAUUCACAAUCAAGGCUUACAUAUUGAAAAUAGGACAAUGCAAACGCGACGUAAUUCCAGGUUAAAGGACAAAAAACUUCGGCACAAUCAGAUUUUAAUGAAAUUUAGUCUGCCUGUAUUAAUAUCCUAUAUAGCUUUUAUCUUGUCCUGAAGCUCCGAUCCAUGAGUUUGAAAGGCUUAAAGUUGGACUUUUGGCUUGAUGUGGUCCAACACUCUAUGUAAAUCAGAUACAGAAUUAAAGUUGAAGUAAUCUACCUAACAAGCAUGUAUACGAAUGAAAAUACACCAGAUAUCACAUGAAAAAUGGCAUUUUUAAAGGACGUCCCCACAGACUCUGCUAACAGAGCAUGCACGCUCAGUGUCAGAUUUUUGCAUUGUUAAAAUUGUUUUUUUUGACAUUGCUAAUUGACGUCACCAAUUUGCAUACUGGUGAUUUUUGUUGCCAUUCUAUUGGUCCUGGGCUUUAAUGUCUUUGCAGAGAGGCAUUUCUUUCAUUUUCUGAAUCAUUUCUUGUUUAUUUUCUUAAUUAGGCGAAUAGAUGCUCUGAUAUUUUUAUGAACCAUCCUUUCAUGUAUUCUCCAUCUGUGAACGGCUUCCCCUUAAUAGGCUCCACACACUGGAGAAAAAGCAGACGGUGUUGAUGGAGUCCUCUUGCUAGUACCGGAUUUUCCUAGGAUCGGAGAUAAAUGCCUAAGUGAUACGUUUACUCUGGCGCCAACGAGUUCCCAUGCCGCUGCUUUUUCCUUUACAGGUAUAUCUCUAAAAAAAUGUCAAAUAGCUCCUGUCCGCUCAUUGGUCCCGUGUGCACGAUGACAUGCACGAUCACAAACUUUCACACGCACGAAUUUCGCGUGCGUGUCGCUAAACUGGAUGGUGAAAAUCUCGCGGAGGUUCCACUGAAAAUGAAUGGAGUAGAGGCGAUGUCGCCACCCGUGUGUAAUUAAAAAAGGAACUGGUGGACCACUGGUGAGCAUGCCCACAACUUCUUUUACUAUUUUUGUGUAUAGCUUUUCUUUACGCAUUUAUGUUACCUGUUGGCAGUUUAGCCGCUUUCUGUAUUCCCGCGACCUCAUUCCUGAGUUCUGUGAGCUGUGUGACUUCUAUUGUACAGCUUUUGUUCAGUGUAACGCUAACAUUAGCAUUCAAGCUAACUGUAUGGCGAUGUAAUAUAUUAAUAAGCAUCAUAUUGACUUAAUUUCCUUAUUGAAUUCUGUAUUUGAUGUGUCUUUGGCUAAUCAUUGUUUAUGUGUAAUUAGUUACACUGAUUGACCGAUUAUUUCAGCGAUUUUUUUUGUAUUUGUAUGUUGUGACAGUAGCACAGCAUAAAGCCUUAUAAAUAGCAGUUUACCAGCGCUUGUUGCCACUGAAAUAAAUCCACCAGAGGACAACCUGCCGUGUUGUUUGACUUGAGCACAUGUAUAGGCACAAUUUAUAGUG